AGAAAAGUUUUAUAUAUUCAGAAAUUUGGUGCAACCAUAUUCGAUCUUCUGCAAAUGUAAUGAGUAGGGACUUAUUCCGAUCAAGGGAAAUAAGGAUGCCACUUGCGGAUUUAGUUGAUGUUAUCAACUGUAUAAACCAGGAUUUGAUUAAUUUUCUUGGACUUAGCUUGGUUUAUUUGCUGGAUUCCAAUUGUUUUGCUUACUGAUCAGUUAAGUUUCCGAAGACUUGACUACAGAGUCAAAAGUCUACGAAAAUGAUUUAUCAAUUGUUAGUAUAUUAUAAUGUUUCUGAAGACCAGAAACAGAGCACGAAACUACCACUUGAUCAGUUCAGUUGCAACUUUUUUUUGUGUACCCCAAUCUUUUGUUGUUUUUUGGCAAGUGCCACCAACCGAAUAUUCAUUAAAUAAAUUAUUUAUAGGUAAACCAUGUUUUAAUAUCCCUGUUAAUUUGUUGUGUUUCUUCCUUAUGAUUCAAACAAUAGCCUAUGCCGUUUGAAGUUUGGGGUCGUGUGCUCUGCAGUAUAAUUUUUUUCUUUCAACUUGGGGAUUUGAUCUUGAAAAAUGUCUGCAAAUAGAUUCAUGCUUGAAGGUCCUUCUUACCAGGAUCAAUUCUCAGAAGAUGAGGAUGAGGACGUGGUUCGUGCUAUUGAACUCUCUCUUCAAGAAUCAAAGGGAAAAGACAUAUAUAUAGAUUUGGAGUUUCACCAGAAUGAUGAAGUAGAAAUACUUGCACAAGUGCUGGAAGAUAGCACAUUAUCUUAUGCAGAUUUGAGCACUAGCACUGAAGGCAGCGAACUGAAAUGGUGGAAACUAUUCAAGGAGUUUAAUCCAUCUGUCCAUACAUCAAAGGGCACUUCUUGGUGGAGAAAGAGUAGCAAGCGGUGCAAUACUCUUGUUUGUGAUGUAUGCGAGGAACAAAUUAGCUCGGAGUGGUUAAGGUGUACCUACUGGGGCCAGACUGUCUGUAAAAAGCAUAUAUCAGAUGGAACUCCCUGCUGCUGUGCCUGUUCUAGAUUUAAGAUAGGAGACGUGAAGUAUAUCACUCUGAGUGAUGGUCGACAACUUUGCCCUGAUUGUCGUUAUACAGCAGUGAUGGAUCCUGAAGACUGUAAGCCCCUUCUUGACGAAGUUCACAGAUUUUUCAAAGGAUUAAACAUGAAAAUCAGAUAUUACAUUCCAAUUCUGCUAGUUGACCAAGAAGAGAUAAUCAGAAUCCAUAAAAAGAGCAUACUUGGCUCGACGAUUUAUGAGAAAUUUGAACUGGACGCGGUAAAUUAUGUUUCUAAAUCAAUACAAAGGGGUGAAAAUGUUGAAGUGGUGAAAGAAGUAGAACAACUGCCUCCAGGACGCAAAGUGAGAGCAGUGCUGCUUUUAUACGGCUUUCCAAAGUUGGCCAUCGGAUCAACUUUGGCUCAUGAACUGAUGCAUGCUUGGAUGCGCGUUCAAGGCUAUAGAGGACUGGCCCUAAACAUUGCAGAAGGUCUUUCUCAGGUUAUGGCUCACAAGUGGCUAGAAUGGCAAUCUUUCACAGGCGAUGACUACAUGAAGGGUACAAGUGAAAAAGCUCAGUUCUUGAGAAAUUUGAAAGAAUUUAUGAAAGAUGGAAUAGAGAGAAGAUAUUCUGAGGCAUAUGGUCAUGGAUUUAGAGAAGCAAAAUGGGCAGUUGAACGUUAUGGUUUAAUAUACACACUCAAGCAUAUAGCUCGUAAGGGCAAGUUACCUGAAUGACUUAAUUCAGCAAAAUGGGCAGUUGAACGUUAUGGUUUAAGGUUCACACUCAAAAGCAUAUAAGCUCGUAAGGGCAAAUUACCUGAAUGACUAUCGAACCCUCACCAACAAGGUGAGAGUUCAGGUAGUCAACCAAUUAAGCUACUAAGAUUCUCCUAAAUGACUUACUUCUCCGGGUGACAUUAUUAAUUUUUGUGUUAAUUCAUUCAUCAUUGGGAUGAAAUUGAUGGUUCUUGGACAAACAUUUCUGUGAAAAACUUGUAAUUUUUUGUAAUUUACUUUUGUGACUCCAAAUUGAGGCCCUGAAAUUACAUGGGUAACACAAAUAGUACAUAGGGAUAGUGACUUAUUUUUCUUACAA